CUGCUGCUGAACCUGCCCCUCUGCCGCGGCGGCGCCCUCCCCGGCGACAUCACCAGCCGGGUCCUGAUCGCCCUCUUCAACGCUACCGGCGGCUAUAACUGGCAUGACAACACCAACUGGGGCAGCAGCAGGCAGACAAGCUCAUGGUACGGCGUCAGCAACAAGGCGUCCCGAAACCCUCGCCAUGUAACGAUGCUCCAACUCCCUCAAAACAACUUGACCGGCGAAAUACCCCCGGAGCUGGGCAACCUCGGCUCUUUGACUGUCGUGGACCUCCGCGGAAACAACCUGACCGGCGAAAUACCCGCCGAACUGGGCAAACUCCACCUGCCAGUACUGCUCCUCAGCGGGAACCAGUUCACCGGGUGCAUACCGCCCGUUUUGGCCUCAGUUUCCAAUAACGACCUGCCAGCCCUUGACCUGCCUUUCUGCGAUGAAGUAAACCUUUCUCCCAGAGAGAUCAAUCCGGCCCUGCUGGCUCUUUACAAUUCCACCAACGGCGAUAACUGGCGUAACAAAACUGGGUGGUUGACCAACGACCCGAUAAGGAAAUGGUUCGGGCUCAUAAGCGGCCCCUCCGAGGAUUCCGACGGGCCGUACCUUGUUUCGGUGAUCCGACUCUAUAGCAACAACCUGACCGGCGAAAUACCCCCGGAGUUGGGCAACCUCGAAGCCUUGCGGGCCCUGGACCUCAGCAAGAACAACUUGACCGGGGAAAUACCAUCCGAACUGGGCAGCAUCCGCUGA